AAUUUCUUACAAACUUUACUUUUGGAAAGACAGGUGAUGUCCCUGAGCUAUUGAUUUGUGCAUCAAGCCUAUAUGCCGCACACAUCAACACAUUUUUUGCAAUAUCCCCCAGAAAAGUAAGCAGAAAUUAAAACGUCUUAUUUGCCUAGCUAAGAUUUCCAAUUAUUUCUCCAAAGAACUGUGGUUAAAAAGCAACAAGAAGCUGUAUGAUAGCUAAACAUUGGCUGUGUUCCAUUACUUUUUGAAGAGCAAUGCCGGAACUCAGACGUCAAAACCAGUUUGUUUGCUUAAAAGUUACUGGACGGAAUAAAAGUGUGGUUCAGGGAUAUGGAACCGUUAUCAAGAUAAUGUCAAAAGGGCGUGCUUUGCUUUGAGGUAGAUAUAUUGAUAUUCAGUUAAAAGCUCUCGUUCGGAAGUCGACAUCCUGUGGCGGUCUAGGUGGCGCAAAAAGAAGAAGAAGAAAAAAACAAAUGUCUCGCAUUGAACUGCGGAGAGCAGUGCGCAUAUUAAUACGAUAUAUCCUAUCCUUUGCGGACAUGAAGAUCUUACUAUGGAUUAUACUGUUCAAGUUGUCAACAGCUAACGGAUCAUAUGCCCAAAUAAACGCACGAUGUACAGAAACCGACAAAUGGCCGUCCGAGCCUGACGAACACCCCUCAGCCCUGGCGGCACUCGAGGUCUCGCUUGCUGACAUGCAUGAGGAACACUCAGCAGUUGCUCUGAAUAUCAGCUGGGCCAUCAAUAUAGAUUCUAGCAAUAAGUACCUGAGAGGUACAGGUAUCAUUGUUGAUGAUAAGGAGUUCCUUUGUCAGUAUCACCCUCCAUUUGAUGAAGUUAAAAUUGCUGGUUUUGAGCAGUUGUGGUUCCAUUACACGGAAAUCCCAGCAUUGCCAAAUAAAUGGUACCGAGUUGAAGGAAUCAAUCUUCCAACACCAAUGGUUGGAGACAUUGCCUCACAAUCAAAAUUAUAUUGUGUGCCUGGUUGCGGUGAUGAAAUAAUGAGGCAGCAUGAGUCUUGUUCACACAAAGUGUGGGAACCAAACAUUGCAAGCAUCUUCAUUAACGGUCAAGUAGAAGUGAACUUUACUUCCAGUAAGUAUGCCACAGAGUAUGAUUUACAGCUGUGGAGAUGUGCAUCACUGGAGGAAUGCCACGAUUCUGUUAUAAUCAUCAGCGAAGACAAGAGUUUCACAGAGGGAAAAUCCAAGUGGACAAAAACACUGAAUGCUACAGGGCCUUGUGACUCUCUUCAUAUUAGGAUCUUGCCAUACUUUCCAAAUUGUGGCCAAUUAUGUGAUGAAAGAAUUGCCCCAGUGGACUGCCGCCCCCCAGAAGAACCCGCAAAUUGGACAUUUUUGCUUUGUCUUACCAGUAGUAUGAUGGUGCUGGUGUCAGUUGCUGUUCUUAUAUGGUAUAAAGCAUACAAGAAUUACUCUGAAUCUGGUGGGAAAAGCCAAGCCGUCCCACUCGUGUCUGUGCUGGUGGUCUACCCCGCUGGAAACAGGGCGUUUCAGAGGGCGGUGGUGGCGUUUGCAGAGUUCCUGCAGUCCCAGUGGCGCUGCAGGGUUUCCAUAGACGUGUGGGAGCGGGGGAGGAUAGCGGAGCAGGGGCCCGUGCGCUGGCUCACCACACACACCGAGCGCGCGGACAACGUGGUCAUCGUGUGCGCGCGGAGAACGGAGUCCUGGGAGAGCGCGGCCAGACACCACCAGCUCGCGGCGCUGAGAGACCACGCGGUCCCGGCCUCCACGGAGGACGUGUUCUCUCUGGCGCUCAACAUGCUGGAGGGCCAGGUGCAGGGCCUGACCGCACUGGGGAAGUACUGCACUGUGCACCUGGGCGACAGGCCUGAGGCGAAGUGCCUCCCUGCAGCCCUCAGGGUGUGCAAGUCUUUCUCUUUGAUGAAGGAGGUGGAGAAGCUGGGCAGACACCUUCACAACAGCGGCCCAGAGCCCUGCUGCUUUCCCUCAGUGGAGCUAAAGCCAGGGUCCCUUAACGGUGAUGCGAUUGGGAGGCUGGCGGAUGCCAUACAAGAGUUACAGACAGUGGAACAUCUUUAGUCACACUGCGCAGGUGGCUUUGCUCCACUGAUUCCAGUGAAGGCCCAGCUUUAGGUACUGGUCCCCAUAUGCUGUUCUACACUCAGUAUUUUGCAUUACUAAGAUUUGGAUUUAGAGAGUUAGAUUUAGACGGUAGUAUCAAAGCAGUAGUACUACUGAACCGUUUCAUUUCACUGAAACUAAUGAUUUUAAGUUUCUGAAUUUAACGCCACUGUACAACUGCCAGUAUUCCAUUAAAAGCUUUUUUACUUUUA